AUGACCUCCGCCGAAAUUCCUUGGCAAUUCUAUUUCUGCCACCAAUGCGACUUCGACGUGGCCAUCCGUCUCAGGCCCAACACUAUUCCUCGCUGCCCCAAUUGUCAAGAUGGGUUUAUUGAGGAAAUUGAUGACCCGACGCAGAACCCUAAUCCUUACCCGGUUGACCCGUUUGCUUUUUUUCAGAACUAUAUGUGGAAUUUGAGGGCUGGUGGGGCCAAUACUCAGUUUGUGUUUGACAAUCAUCCUUAUGGUGGUGAGGGUUUCCCUGCCAAUAUGGGUGAUGAUUAUUUUAUGGGAGAAGGGCUUGAGCAGCUGGCUGAAGAUGACCCGGAACAAUAUGGGACCCCGCCUGCUUCGAGAACUGCUGUGGAGGGGCUUCCUGAUGUUGUGGUUGAUGAUAAGCUUUUGGGGUCUUAUUCGGCGCAGUGCGCUGUGUGUCAUGAUGAUUUUGAGAAGGAUAUGGUUGUCAAGCAGAUGCCUUGUAAGCAUGUGUAUCAUUCUGAGUGUUUGUUGCCAUGGUUGGAAUUGCAUAAUUCUUGCCCUGUUUGUAGGUACGAGUUGCCUACUGAUGAUCCUGAUUAUGAGAAUCGGGCUAGGGGUACUGAUGCUUCUGGAGGUGAGAAUGAUUCAAGUGGUAAUGGUGGCGGGGAUUCAGGUUGUGGCGGUCCUCAGAACAUGGACACAAAUUAG